UGCUAGUGAUUCCAGUGGUCACCAGUGGUCUUGCGAACGUUACGGGUUGACUAAGUAUUCGAGUUUCUUCCGAGUGAGAAGAGUGCCCGUGUCAAGGCGAUCGAGCACAUAAUUGCUCGUGUUGCAGGCAGAAUUUACUCUUACGACCAGUAGCUCGGCAAAUGUUUUCUUGCGAUACGUUGCUAUGUAGUACCGGUGCAAAUGAAGCGGCGGCGUAUAACGCGGUCGCGUGGUAAAGGAAUACCGCCUGUGGGGACGAUGAGAAUGGCGCGCAAAUGUUGCGUGCGUAGCUGUGAAGCCGAUGUACAAGAGGCGCGUGCUAAAGGAUUGCCGCUUCACAAAUUUCCGAAGGACAUCGGUUUGAGAAGCAGGUGGUUGACCAGUGGUGGAUUCGAAGCGAGUUUUAAACCUUCGCCGGGUCAAGUUGUCUGUCACAGACAUUUUAAACGGGCUGAUUACGAAGCCGCCAAGGGGCAGAAGUUACUUCUACGUAAAGGCAGUGUUCCAUCGGUUUUCGCAGAUUAUGAUAAUCAUCCAGAUCCUGUCAUUAUGUCUGUGAAAUCAUCAACUUCUUAUGCGCAGGAGGAUUUGGAUCUCAUUAACUCUGAAAUUUUAAAUUUAGAGCAAUCCAUUUCACCAUCAUUAUCUGAAGCAAGAACACCAAAAUCAGACAGCUGCGGAGAAACAUGUUCAUCGCGACCAGAAUCAUCAGCUGACUCGCUUAAUAUGAUAGAUUCAAUAGAAUUAGUUGAUAAUGGAUGUAAAGCUUUAUCUACGAAAUGUGAAACUAUUCAUUCUGUAAAACAACAGAUUAGUGAAAAUUUAGAAAUGGAAGUAAAUACUAUGGCUGCACAAUUAGGAAUUGUAGAAUCUGAUAUGGCAAUAAAAAAUAUACAAAAAGAUCUGAUUAUUAAAGAAGAACUGAAAAAUAUUAAAAUAGAAGAUGAUAAAGCAUUUGACAAACCAGAAGAGCUAAAAACAAAGGUUUUGAAUCGAGAUGGAUUGAAAUUUUUUCCUGGAGCCAAAUUAGAAGCGAAAGAUUUUAAUGAAAAAUGGUAUUCUGCUAAAGUUGUUGAAACUGAUUGGGAAGAACGAGAAGUCUUAAUACAUUUUGACAAAUGGAGUUCAAGAUUUGAUGAAUGGAUACCUAUGGAUAGCUCUAGAUUACGUGUGUUACAAACACAGUCAGACGAACAAACUUGGGACCCAUCAUCUCCGGAAACAAAAAUGAAAGACUUUUCAGUUGGAGAAAGGAUACUUGCUACAUGGGCUGAUGGGAGAAAAUAUCCAGCCAAAGUAAAAGCAGUGUUAGGAAAUGAUAGGUACGAUGUACUCUUCGAUGAUGGAUACGCAAAAACCGUUAAAUCAUCAAAAAUGACAAAAAUCGCUACAACAUCCACAAAGCAACCUGCUCAAAGCGAAGAAUACAUAGGAAGUAAACAAGAAAGAAGGGAUAAGAAACGAAAACAUAUAGUGAUGGAGUUAUUUCAUACACAUUCUAGAAAACGAUCAAAGAAUGAAACAGAUAAAUUAUCAAAAAAGGAGGGGACUUCAAUGAAUGAAAGUGGUGAUAGCUUGUUUGAAAAUAAAAUAGAUUUGGAUGGUACAUUGUUUGGACCAUGUUAUGAUCCAGGUACAGAUUUAUUACGAGGAUUUGACACUAAUGUAUCAAAAGCAAAACCAUAUGCAAAGAAAAACAAGAAAGAAAUUUUUAAACAUGAUGCUGAUCAAGAGGAAGAUGUAGGACCCGAAUGGGUAGAUGGUGAACCUCAGGGUACUGAAUCGUACAUCGUAGAUGGAAAUGAUGGACCACGUCGUUCAAUAAUUGUCGCAGAUAGACGAUUACCACCAGGUUGGCAAAAACACUUCACUCAAAGAAAAGCAGGUACAUCUGCUGGAAAAUGGGAUGUCUUGUUUCUUCAUAAAUCAACUGGAAAGAAAUUUAGAUCAAAAAAUGAUAUCAGAGCGUUUAUGGAAAAUCAAGGACAGUUUGAUUUUGAUCCAGAUAAAUUUGAUUUUUGUAUUCACCGGAAAAAGAAAAACCAUGGGCAGAAAGUAAAGCAAGAUGUUGUCACUGAAAUGCCAAAAAAGAUUAAAACACUGUUACCUAAAACAAAGACAACACCAGUAAUAGACUCAUUACUUACACCUACAAGUACACCAGUUACAACUUUAGUUUCUACACCAACACCAUCUAUUCCUGACGGUGCUGUCUUUAUUGGGGGACUUCGUGUAGAAAUGGAGGAUAGUGCUUACAAGUGUCCAAAACAAGGGUGCAACAAAACAUUCAGAAAAGAAAAUCUUUUGCAAAUGCACAUUAAACAUUAUCAUCCAGAGUAUUCAAAAUUUUUGGGAUCUACACCAAAUGUUGCAGACCUAGCGUAUGCAAGAACAAUUGGAGAAUCUAUUGAAGAUAUUAUUCCUAGAAAAUCUAAUAAUUUAUUAGAAAAAUAUAAUAAAUUAGGAAAGAAAAAGUCUGUUCAAGAUAAACCGUUAUAUGUAAUGUCUCCAUCAAUAAUAAAUUCUGUUCAACCCAUAUCACCAACACUGGUUAUGCCUACAACUUUAGAAGUAGAGGACGAGGUUGAUCAAAUGGAACAGUGUAAUGAAGUACAAGCAGAUGUUAAAAUUGAGAGAAUGUCGCCAGUUUCUAGUCAUAGCGUAGAUAUGGAUGACGAAAUUCAGAAGAAACGAGAAGAAUCAUGUGCAAUGUCACCAGGAACAUUAUUUGAUCUGAAAGUCAGAGAAGAAAGAACAUCAACUGGUAUCAAGACUCUCCUUCCAGUAAGACCCACUACGUCAUCAGAAACACAGAGAAUCGAUAGAUCAAAAUCUUUAGAUGAAAGUAUUCAUAUUGAUAGGAUGAAAGGUCAAAGGAAACGACAGUUAUCGGAAUAUAGUUCUGAUGUUCCAAGUAGGGGUAAAAGACGACCCGGUAUUCAAGAGAUUACAGAUGAAUACGGCGACUUAGAUGAAAGUGCUAUGGACACGGAAGGUCCGCCUACACUCAUGUAUAGGUAUAGUCGUCGAAAAUCAGAUUCAAGAAGUGACGAGAACAGUCAGAGUAGUCAACUUAAUGAUUCUCGUCUUGAAAAGGCUGAAUCCUUAAAAGGGGAUAUUACUAAAAGAGAUACAAAUAAUGAUGGGGAAGAAAAUGAAGGAGUUAUGAUGAUGAUUAACGGUGAAAUGAUAAAGGUGGAACAACUUCGCAGAGAAGAAAUAAUAAAUUGCACCUGUGGGUUUAUGGAAGAAGAUGGCUUAAUGAUACAAUGCGACCUGUGUUUAUGCUGGCAACAUGGUCACUGUAAUGCAAUAGAAAAGGAAAAGGAUGUGCCUGAGAAAUAUAUCUGUUAUAUUUGUCAGAAUCCAUAUCGACAACGAGCAUCAAAGAAAUAUUUCCAUGAUCAAGAUUGGAUAAAAGAGGGAAAACUGCCAACAUUGCCUAAUCGAACAAAAAAUCAAUAUGCACUUAAUCAAAGGACAGCCAUGUUGAAACGUUCUUAUGAUUUAAUUGCUGCUCUUUUGCAGAUACAACAAGUGUUACAUAGUUUAAGAAUAAAAAUGAAUGUAGCUCAAAAAAAGGAUCAUCCAAAGCUAUAUCUGUGGGCGAAGAAUUGGGAAAAGAUAGAAAUAGAAAAACCGGACAUUACGCCAGUACCAAUUAUAGAAGUCACAAAAGCAGUGAAAGAUCCUGGAGACACUGUAAUUGAUGUAUCGCGACGUAUUGAAGUCAAGACAGAAACUAAAUUUACUUUAAAAGAGGAUCAUGAUGAAAAAUCAAUAGCUUCGGAUUCGGAAUUGAUGAAAAUUUUGGAAGAAGAUAAUACGACUGCAGACGAAACUAAAGGUGUUUAUAAAAAGGAAGAUUUGACAAACCAAAAUAAGAGUCAUAUUCUUCUCCAUGCACUUACAAAAAAUACUGCUACGGAAGGAAAGUAUAAGCCUUCAACAGUUUCAGACGUAAAAACAGCUACAGAUUUACUGUCGAAUCAAACGGCUGAAAAUGAUAUAUCUGCGUCAACAUUAUCAGAGAAUGAAAUGCGCGAAGAACCAAAUGAACACGAAAUAUCAACACCAUUGCAACCAUUUAUACCACAACCAGAAGCACCGAUAGAUCCAGGAGAAUGUCGAAUGCGAUUACUAGAACAUAUUGAACAUUUUCAAAAUCAUAUAGAUGCAAGAUUAACAUCUAUUGAGGCACAAGUUUGUGCUUUAGAAGCCCUGGAUCCGGAAGAUCUUGUACCUAGUCAAGACAUUCAGCCUCGAACUAAACAAACGAUACAAAUGCUUCUUCGAGAUUUGAACACAGUACGAAAAUUAGCAGCUUUGUGUUAGAUAAGAAUUCUUCUACACAAAUUUCUUCAUAAGUUACAUCAUAAAAAACACUAUUUUUUA